UAAACCUUUCCGCGUAUUAAUAAGGUAAAACAAGAAAACAUAUCCGAAGUAGCAACACAAAGUUGGAUAAGACGUUAGAAACCAUCCCUGCGACAUGCGAACUGUGGUCCCUGUCGCUGAUUGGCCAGUUCCAAGGUCGCCUCGCCCCUGUGAUAUGCCCAUGUCGGUCUCGUUCCACUGUCCCGUCUAACUGCCAGUUCUGUUGUGAGUGUGGUACACGUUAACGUGGGCUUAGUCGUAGAAACAACUUUAACCUGUUGAUGAACGUUUUAGGCACUUGCAAUGGUUUAUUUCUCUGUGUGAUAUAUAAAUGAACAGAGCCUAAAUCGGGUUAUAAUUAAAACGUACUUCCUCACUCGCACUCGACCCAAGGAGAUGGAAGACGAAGGGAAAUGGCUGUGGAAAACGAAAGGAUUCUUUGACUGUUUCAACCUGUGUUACCAGCUCACCCUCGCCGCCCGGGAACCCCUGACGGAGGAAUCCCUUACCCGGGCUUUAACUCACCUCUUCAGGAAGGUUCCUCCCUUGCGCAUGCGUUAUGGACGGAGAGCUGGCGACACGUGGCUCAGGGAGAUGGCAAAGGAGAUUGUUGACUUCGAGGUGGUUCCAGAUACCACGAUGAGAGACAUGCAUGACAAGCUACAGCAUCGCCACUACGACACCUGGACGGGCCCUUUGUGGUGUGCUCGGCUCUGGCCACGACCACAUUCCUCUCUCCCAGAUGACGAGCUGGGGUUCGAGAAGUCUCGAUACCCUCACACAUACACGCUGUUUUUCGGUUUCCAUCACGGCAUUACCGAUGGCAACACCAACAUGAGAAUAUGCGGCUUCUUUGUCCAACUCCUCAAUGACGUCUUGGCAGGAAAAUCAAUCAAGGAUGAGGAACAACUGGGCAUCCUCGUGUCCGACGAGAGGACGAAGAAGCUACUGGAAGAGCGAAUAGCAAAUAUGGAGGCUGACCCUGAAGUUCAGCAACGGGCACUGGAUGAUUACAAUGCUCGCCACACAACACACUCCAUGAUAAAAUCGACAUUUGAAGGUGCGGCCGACAAAGUAGGAAGGAGUUUGCUGUUGGCAAGGGAUAUGGACGUUGCCACCACUAGCCAAUUUGUGAAACGUUGUCGCACUGAAAACGUUACUGUGAACUCUGCCUUCACAGCACUGGCAAACGUGGCCUUGGUGGAUCCUUCUGAUGGAUGGGGGCUGGCAGUGAUUGUCCCAACACCACGUGAUAUUGGUGGAAAGUUCUGGGAGUACGCACGGUUGGUGCAUGCGGAUAUGAAGCAGAAAAUAGGAACCGGAACAGCGCUACAAGAUGAAGCAGUGAGGCACUUUAUGUCAGAGAAAACAGUCAUGGAAACCAUUUUUUCAUGCGAAUUCGCCGUGACCAACAUGGGAGAUGUGACUAAGCUGGUGACGGAAGGUGGCGAACAUGUGCAGGCGGCCCAUGUCCUGAGAUCUGUAAACUUGGAUGGUGUUCCUUCCACUUGCAGCAAUCUUUGCCACACUUUCCGCGGUCGCUUUAUCCACGUUCUCAGCUACAAUACAGCAUCUGUCACUUCGCAGAUGGCCGAGCAAUUCUGCGAUAGACUCUUUAACCAGCUGAGAUCAAGUGUUUACUUUCACAUGACUCUGGGUCUGACAACGCAGAGUCAUGAACUGCACUACCAAAGCCCCCAAAAUCCUGAAUCUUGGUUUUGGUCCUGGAAACCUCCAGACCCAAGAGAUUUGCCUCAUUGCUUAAUGCGUCAAGAGCCGCCGCCAGUAAUUGCAGAGACAGAUAGGAUAGCAACAUCGUCAGCAGAGUCGAGGGAAUUAACAGGCACCUCCAGGCUUGCUAUUAAACCAAUAAUCCUUAACGAGAUGGAAGGCGAAGGGAAAUGGCUGUGGGAAACAACAGGGUUCUUUAACUGUUUCAACCUCUGUUACCAGCUCACCCUCGCCACCCGGGAACUCCUGACGAAGGAAUGCCUGACCCAAGCUCUUACGCAUCUCUUCAGGCUGACUUGUCUCCUCUCCCCGCAACCCGAAGGUUCCUCCCUUGCGAACGUGUUACGGGCGGAGACAUGGCGACACGUGGCUCAGGGAGAUGGCAAGGAGAUCGUUGACUUCGAGGUUCCUAUUGCAUGUGUUGUAAGGCCAACCAUGCGUCUAUGGAUUCAACAACUCCAAGCAACUCGAUCCACCAGAGAUAAGGCCAGAAAUCUCAAUGCCAUUGAGAACGUUUGGGUAGCCAUCAUACCCGCAAUCGUCAUAUCGUCGCUGCCCAAGCAAUUAUGGCAUGGAAGCGAUUGCGCUCUGCAGACGAACGAAGACAAGCCAGACCUUGAGGUAGUAUAUGUUUUAGGCGCGACAUCAGGAGAAAAUGAGAGUGGGCGAGGAGACAAAAAAGUGGUUCCAGAUACCACGAUGAGAGACAUGCAUGACAAGCUACAGCAUCACCACUACGACACCUGGACGGGACCUUUGUGGUGUGCUCGGCUCUGGCCACGACCACAUCCCUCUCUCCCAGAUGACGAGCUGGGGUUCGAGAAGUCUCGAUACCCUCAUACAUACACGCUGUUUUUCGGUUUCCAUCACGGCAUUACCGAUGGCAACACCAACAUGAGAAUAUGCGGCUUCUUUGUCCAACUCCUCAAUGACGUUUUGGCAGGAAAAUCAAUCAAGGAUGAGGAACAACUGGGCAUCCUCGUGUCCGACGAGAGGACAAAGAAGCUACUGGAAGAGCGAAUAGCAAAUAUGGAGGCUGACCCUGAAGUUCAGCAACGGCAUUUAAACGGUGCGACCGACAAAGUAGGUAGGAGUUUGCUGUUAGCAAGGGAUGUGGACGUUGCCACCACUAGCCAGUUUGUGAAACGUUGUCGCACUGAAAACGUUACUGUGAACUCUGCCUUCACAGCACUGGCAAACGUGGCCUUGGUGGACCUUCUGGUGGGUGGGGGCCUUCAGCAGGACACGUACAGCAUUCGAGGGGACCACAUCUUGAAUGCUCGCCGAUACUGGGAAGGCGAUGCGUCUCAGUAUCUCGGGUGCCACAUUCUACCUCAGCUGGCAGUGAUUGUCCCAACACCACGUGAUAUUGGUGGAAAAUUCUGGGAGUACGCACGGUUGGUGCAUGCGGAUAUGAAGCAGAAAAUAGGAACCGGAACAGCGUUACAAGAUGAGGCAGUAAAAUAUUUCAUGCCUGACAGACCUAGUUUCGAAAACAUUUUUUCAUGCGAGUUCGGUGUAACCAACAUGGGAGACGUGACAAAGCUGGUGACGGAAGGUGGCGAACAUGUGCAAGCGCUGCAUGUCUUAAGGUCUGUGAAUAUGGACGGUGUUCCUUGCACUUGGACUCACCUAUGCCACACCUUCCGCGGUAGCUUUAUCCACGUUCUCAGCUACAACACAGCAUAUGUUGCUUCACAGAUGGUAGAGGAAUACUGCGAUACACUUUUUCGACAUUUUACAAGAGUAGCUAUUAUGUGUUGAAUCAGCUCUUCGGAAAUGCAGUGAAAAUAGCCAGGAAUGAAUAUUGGAUACUUGUUUUUGUUAAUGAUAAUAAUUUUUCAUACAAAAGGUGUAGAAAUGGAUAUUAAAAAAAAAACAACAACAGGUUCAGUAACCUGAAUUACAACCUGAAAAGUUAUAAGGAGUACGCCUAUGAUCUAAAUCAAGGUUAUUUCUGUGUGAUAAUAUUACCACCUUAGCAAAAUGAUGUCUUCUCUACCGUAACUCUUGUCUGUGGUCAUUGUAGCUUAUCUUUCCGAGGUUAUGCAUGUCAUUAACAAUAUCUACUCUAACUGUUAAAAGAACAACAUAACUAAGUGCUGGCAUCAGUACCAGAACAAAGAAUUAAGUGGAGGGACGAGGUAUGCAAGUAGGAUGUGCUAAAACUUCCCGAAGUUACUGAUCUUAGAGGAAGAAGCAACAUGUGUUAAAGGACCUACUCAAACAAUGUCCAGUUAGCAUGCCAUUUAUCUGAAAAUUAAACGAAGAAUAAUGUACACAAGGUAACAAUAGUUUACUGACUUUGGUUGCCUUAAAUAUUUUUUUUUUUCUUCUUGUGUCCAUAACUGGGAGACACAUGAUAAUGAGACAUUGCAUUCGUCAAGCAACACGCUGAUAUGUUGAUCACAUCUUUAAAAUGCAAGUUCUGUAAGCAGUAAUUAAACUGCAAAAAAUUUAUCUCUAAUUCUUUUGCUAGUCAUGAUAACAUUAUCAGGCGUGUUAAUGCAACAUGAAUGACAAGUCAGCUGUAAAUGCUAGUAACUGUGUAAUUGUUAACAUUAUUUGCCAAGUCAACAACCAAAGUCAUCAAAAUAAUUGUUAUCAAUGAAACUAAAGAAACUCUGCUAUUUUAGUAUAAAUGAUAGAUAUUGCCAGAUCAACGACUUAUAUACCACAAUCCUUAAUGCCAAAACAAUUGUUGCUGAGGGAGGGUACUUUUUGUUUGAAAUACUGUAAUAAGUUGCUUAACAGCAAAGUUUAAGUUAAGAAAAAAAACACAAAAAAAAACCCGGCUAUUUCUGUCUAAAAUUUAAGACCACUAAAGCAAAUUUGAAUUAUGUCAAUAGAACACUAGUAUUAUCUCUACCACAGCAUUCAUAGAUGUAUUUAGAUUUUUAGACUAAACCUUUGUAAACCCAUGUUUAAUGCACACAAACUAUUAGAAUACAUUUUUGUUCAUAAUCUACCUGUAGUGUAAAUACAUGUGGUAAUACACAUGAAAUAUCUAGUCCACAUAUACUAUAAAGAGAUUUUUGUGACAUUAUUUAUUCUCCAGAAUAAAGUUGAUAAACUGUAUUAUUCAACUGACUCAUUUAUUAUAUAUUUAAAAUUUAUAUAUUUAAUUUGUUCUAAAUUCAGGAGUCCAGCUCUCUUGAGCUUGGUGAUUAUUCUCACAUCUUAAUUUCCUUUCCUGACCAGUUUUCCUCUCACCUCAUUUUUUCUCACCCAAGGUUCAAUAGCAUCUAACUUCCUCUAUAACUGACUUAUUAUCAAGGGUUGUAAAUAUAUACAUUAAGAAUAGGAAAAAUGAAGAAGAAUCAGCCAUGCAUUCAACAACUGACACUGACAAUCAACAAUGACAUACACAAUGGGUGUAAAUAAGAAGGGAGCCUGUUAAUUAACAAAAAGAUUUAUAGAUUCAGGCUAAUAGAGGUAGGUCAUGCUGUGUUUAAAGAUAACAGCUGAUAAAAUGCAAGGAUAAAGAGAAACAAAUACUGGAAGGGUUCCACCAUUUAUUACACUUAACAAGGGCAGUAAAGCCCAUUAUAUUCCAUGUUAGGAAUGUUCCUGAAGAUCCAUUACUUGUAAGGAUCUACUUCUUACUUUAUAUCUGUACUUGGUAAAGGAUUCCCCUAAACGGGUGCACUGUUUUGGAGUCAACAUGACCAUGAAUCCAACCAAGACAAAAAGUCAUCACCGUCAGAUUCCAAAUCAUUACAACACUCUGCAUUAAUGGCUAUAUGUUUAAUAUUGAGGAUUAAGAGUUACUCUAGUUUAGUUGUCUUUGCCUUCAGUCCAAUAAGUGUUAUCAGUAUUUGGGCUUGAAUACAUUUCAGCAAAUAUCCUUAUUGGCUAGUGGAGGCAAUGGAAUUAUUGUAACGAAAAUGGACUGCUACUAAAGAUGAAUCGUUUAUAAUAUUGCUAUUCUCAAUCAACAAAGCCAGUAUGAUCUUUAGUUUCAGGACAUAACAGGAAUGUACUUUAGUCUUUGCACAAAUUCUACUCCUGAUACUUUCAUAAAUUAUCACAGUAACAUAUACUCUUAAUGGAAAUCUCUCCCACAUAUAUAAUGCUUAUCUCCUAUGGUUAGUUAUAUACAUGUACUGACAAAUUAAAGAAAUAUGAAUUCAAUAACUCUAUAUUUAUUACUUUGUCCACCACUGCAAUGCAAAUUACAAUAUUUUCACAAUCAGCUUGCAUUGCCAGAUAUCACUAUCACAUUACAUAAAUAGUGAAAUGGCUCUGACAGUAGCAGGACACUGUAAACCUUUGAAAUAUGGCUGAAGGUAUCUUCACUUGUAAAUUACAUAACACCCAUGAUUAGGCCUAUAUCAGUUGCGUACAUCAACCAAAACAUGAGCAAAGAAAGUUUAAAUAAGAGUGUACAACACUAACACAAUCUACACUUGGAGAACUAGGGAAGAGUACCAUUACAAUAUGAACAACUGUGGCAUACCGUUCACUAUGGAUAAGAAAAGUAUGAACAGUACAGUAAAGACCUUGUCCUGUAUAUACUACUUAUCAUAUAGUUAUCAAGUUAAUCUUAAAGUGCAUACCACACAGUGACUUUAGUACACUACAGUUGAAAUUUUAUCAUUCAUGGUACAAGCACUAGCAGAGUAUAUGUAACAUUGUCUGUCAUAAUAUAUGAACUACAAUAACAACUGCAAAGUACAAGUAACAGUAGUCAUUUCAUAUAAAUAUAUGACAACAGAUAUUGUGUACAGUAUUGCCACUAUUGUAUACAUGCAUUAUCAGCCAAUGAACUAUACACUCUACUAGCAAUGAAAGGGUUGCUUAUCAGUACAUAGGUCCAAUAAGGAUAAUUCACCCAUCUGUAAAUCAUAUCAAUGGAAUUUUCUAUUUAAUUAAAAAAUGUACAAUGCAGUUACAAAAACAAUGAGUGAAUCUAUCCAUAUCAGUGGUAAACAUUGCAGCAAAUGGGAGAGACAGAGGAUACUCUAAUAGAUGGACGUCUCUACUUUGCAAUCCCACACAAAAGACUAGCAGUUCAUUUUACCCUCAUGAUUUAAAAACUAUAAAUUUUGUAUAUUUUGCUGUCAAAUUUAUUUAGGUUCUAAAAUAAGUAAACAUUACAUCCUUUCUGAACUAGAUAAACUCAGGUAUGUUGUACUUAAGAAAUAAGUAUGCUUACAGGUAUAUGCAGUUUACAUUCAUGCAUUUCUAAAUAUUUAACAGAAGAAAAUUAUAUCUAUGAAUCACAGUAAAACACUCAUUCUCAAGCUGCACAUAUCAUAUCUACUGAAUUAUUAUCUGGAUUCUUCUUUUAAAACCUAUUCAUCUAAACACACACAAAAAAUUAUUUACUGCAAUUCGUUUGACUCAAAAAUCCAAGUAUAACAAUGAGUACAGGUGUGUGGGAGUGUUCAUAUGCAGAGAGGAAAAAGGAGGGAAGAAAGGUAAAAAGGAAGAGAAGCUAGAAUGGAUAUCUGAGGAGAGAGAAAAGAAAGGGUAUGCCUGUAUGGAUGAAGAUGGAAGGCAAGUCUAUGGGAGAGAUGAAAAUGGAAAGCAUGAGGAAAAGGUGGGAAAGAGCAAACAUGUAAGUAUGCCAAGGUUGAGUGUGAAAGCUUUACAUUUUUUUUUUUUUUUGCUUGUAUA